GCCACUGCCUCCCCACUUCACCAGCACCUACCGUCUCUUUCUUCGGACCGCAUCUGCAGCCGUGCUUCACCAGCCUCGAGCAACCCGGAAUCUACGAAAACUAUGGAGAUUGACAUUCGAAGAUGCAGCGCGGGUCAUUCGUCGACUAGACAAUGACAAUCUACCUGUGAAGGAAGUGAACGAGCUUGAACUAUGGUUACGCACUUGGAAUUUGCGCAUUGACAAGUCGUUGGCUCUGUUGUUCACAUCCUCUGUGUCUCGUGGCCUCCCGCAUCAAGUGACGCGCAAUCUAUCUCUCUUGAGAAACCAUGAACAAUCGCGGAUAAACCUCCGUAGAGUCUCCAAGUGGAAACCCGAUCUCGAGGCCUCUGCUCGGGAAUAUGCGCCCGGUUUCCGUGACUCGGCAUACAUCCUGGGUCAACAACAGGCUGAAGAAGCCAAGACUGGGUUGCAUCUGCUUCAGCAGGUGGUGAGGAUGGCCGAAGGUCGUAACGGUAUCUCCUUCGGCAGGCUGUGGCUGGGACGUUCUCAGCACCAUUAGCGCCUGCGAUCAGGAGUCUGCUAUCAUUAGUGUCUUUCGGGUUGGUAUAAAGUACGAUGCCGCUGUUGCAUUUCAGUAUCGUUUCUCCAAUACAACACCUUCUCUGCCUAGCUGUGCUUCGCUUCGUUCCACUCCUUUUCUAACAAACUUUGAACGCGACACCUAAUGGUCUCUUCCAACCUCUACGCUCUUCGCAGCCAAGGUCGCAAAGACUCUUCUCUGAGUGAUCUCGCGACCGAUUUUCAUUUUGUUCUGGAAGACAGUUUUGAUUUCGACACUCGUACACCGUCUCCUCUGACUUUGACUUUCGACCUAUCGAAGACAGGGAUUUCCCCGUCUCCUCGGUCGCCUAUCAUUUGGUCUGACUUGAUCUGGUCCGAUUCAGAUUCGGAUCCUGAAUCCGAGGACGAGUCCAAUGCCCCAGACGAUGUGCAGUACAUCAAUGUCACUCCGACAAGCCCAUUCUACAUCCCUCAUUCGCCCUCUUCGCGUCGAACCGUGUUCGAUCUACCUGUUGCCGACGGCGAGCCCAUAGACGAAGACUACACAAGUAGCGCUGCUGCCUUGUUUCAUGCCGAGCUCAGCCGCAUCGAAUCGCCCGAGAUCCAGUGCAGCCUCUUCUUGAUGGACGGAGCCUGCUUGGAAGCUAUGGACGAUGUCCUGUUCUCCGCCCCGCUCCAGUCUCUUAUGGACCUGUGUGUCUCCCGGCUCACUCCGGAUUCACCCACUCGUUACUUGCCCGACAGGAGCACUCCAUUGACACAUUACCAUCUCGCAUCUUUCCUGGAUCUAGAUGACCAGGACACUGCGCAAAUUCCGCCGUCGCUGCUGGGCCUAUUCACUCGGCGUGCUGUGCUUUCCGAUCGGCUUCUAGUCACGCGAAUGCGGCGCUGGCCGACGGUGCUGGGUAUCACAGCCAUCGUGCUGGUCGGCUGGGCGGGAUUUCUCACCUAUGUGACCAACGAAACGAAAGUCACUUCGUCCGUGGUGAAGCAGAUUCUGCGCACAAUCAAGGCCGAAGCACCCUUGCAAGAGGUCUUGGGAUAUGCUAUCCGGCCACAGCCUGAAUGGUGGUUGAACGGGUACCCGAUCAUCCACGGCCAGGCAUGUUGUGUCGUAUUCCGCUUCCGUGGUCUGACGCCGUUUGCCUCAGAUCAACAUAUUGCAGGGCAACAUCGACGCUCUGGCACUGUUUACUUUACCAGUGUUAGGAAAGCCAAGGGUAUGCCAUAUGAAAUUUUACGCUUCAGAGUCAUUGCAGACGACGGACAAGUGAUUGAAGUUCAGACGGGGUUGGAACCUGAGGAGGAUAGCUAGAUACGAGCGCGUAAUCAAGAGGUCGAAAUAUACAUAUGAAAGAGAAAUCCUAUC